AUGAGUGCUGUAAUUAUGCGUUGGAAAAAUCGCAUACACAAACCAAAUCAUCGUGAUAGUGUAAAACAUGUAGUUCCUGACUCAUCCGAAUAUGACCAAUUGAAGAGUAUUAAUUUAACAUUGGAAAAAUUACAUAAUGAAAACGUAUUAUUAAAAGAACAUUUUUCAAAAUUAGAAAGCACCGUAACUAAAACAUAUCAACAGUGGGAAUCCGAUGAAAAAGCCUAUUUAUUACGACGUAUUGAACAACUUGAAACAGAAAAUUAUCGUCUAAAACAAAAUUAUAAUUAUCAAACACAAUGCGAUAAAUGUAUUCGAGCCAUAACAGAUUUAGUUAUAAAGACAAUAAUUAUGCAAGAGAUAUUUGGGAGCGCGACAUUUGGGCGCAACGAUAUUUGGGCGCGCGGCAUUUGGGCGCGACGACAUUUGGACGCAUGUACGACAAAAGCAUUCAGUAAGAGUGCAUUUGUUAAAAAUGAACGAAAACCAAAGGCAACAAGAAGUGUAUCGUGUCAGUUCACAUAUGAGAAUCAGACCUACACUAGUAAAGAAACAUUAUCGCCAAUUCAACCAGAAUGGCUGAAAAAACGAUUGUUGAUUGAAGAAGAUGAUGAUGAAACAAAAAAAUUAAAAUCAUUUAGAAAUCAUCAUAGGGUAUCGGCAUUCUCGGAUAAAACAGGCCAUUUUUCCCAAGACAGCGGAUAUUUUGAUUACAGGAGAACGAUACUGAGGCAAAAAACGGCAUUAAAGUUGGAUUAA